CCCCUCCCCCAAAACCACGAGGCUCCGGUGUUGACAGGCCCGCGAUCACCGCGUUCAGUCCGGCUUUCCUGCAGCUCACCGCCGCCACACGAAGCAGCACCGCGUCUCUCUCCGGUUGUAAUGCCCGUGUAUCGGCAGUAGAGUCGGUGGUUUUGUAUCCACCGCUUUUAAAGCUUUAUCAAAGCUCACAAAAGGAUUAACGGCCGUGCGGGAAUUCCGCCAUCCGGUCCUUUUUCUUUUUUUUUUUGCAGCAUCGAGCUAACCGGACAGACCCCGCCUUCUCUUCUUCAUUUGUCAACAAAGGGGUUUGACAAAGCUCGGAGAAGCCCCGCCCCCAUGUUUCCUUAAAAGGAUGAUUUGGCCAUACACGGCCAACAAGCAAGCCGUGUGUAACCUCUUCUCAUACGGUGCGUUCAUACUUCCUCCGUCUGCCCGUUUAAAGCGGAGCUAUCAUGGCGGAGCGCGUCCAGCAGCAGCAGCAGCCUCCAGCCAAGCGGCUCUGCUGUAGAUACAACGCGGCGUGUCGGCAAGGCCAGCGGGCCUUGGGGGCUCCGUGCGUCGGAGGCGGCGGCGGCGGCUCCGGAGCCUCGCACGGCGGAGAAUCAUCGAGCAAAACAACCCAGAACCCGGAGACCCUGCUGGACAUCGCGGCGCGCAGAGUCGCGGAGAAGUGGCCGUUCCAGCGGGUGGAGGAGCGCUUCGAGCGGAUCCCGGAGCCCGUGCAGAGGCGCAUCGUGUACUGGUCGUUCCCGAGGAGCGAGCGGGAGAUCUGCAUGUACUCGUCGUUCAACAACACCGGCGGAGGAAGCGGGGAGGAGGUCGGAAGCGGUGGCGGGGAGAGCGGCGACGAAACGCGGCUGCCCUUCCGACGAGGCAUCGCUCUGCUGGAGAGCGGCUGCGUGGACAACGUACUGCAAGUCGGGUUUCACCUCAGCGGCACAGUGAGGGAACCGGCCACGUCUUCGGAGCCCGAGCUCGUCUGCAACGUCAGCGUCAGCUUCGACCGCUGCAAAAUCACCGCGGUGACGUGCGGCUGCGGCAACAAAGACAUCUUCUACUGCGCCCACGUGGUGGCGCUGUCGCUGUACCGAGUACGGAAGCCCGAGCAGGUCAAACUGCGCCUGCCCAUCUCAGAGACUCUUUUCCAGAUGAACAGAGAUCAGCUGCAGAAGUUUGUUCAGUACCUGAUCACGGUGCACCACACCGAGGUGCUGCCGACGGCACAGAAGCUGGCCGACGAAAUCCUGUCGCAGAACUCUGAGAUCAACCAGGUCCACGGAGCUCCAGAUCCGACGGCGGGCGCCAGCGUGGACGAUGACAACUGCUGGCAUCUGGACGAGGAGCAGGUUCAGGAGCAGGUCAAGCUCUUCCUCUCCCAGGGCGGGUACCACGGCUCGGGGAAGCAGCUCAACUUACUGUUCAGCAAGGUGAGGGAGAUGCUGAAGAUGAGGGACUCCAACGGAGCUCGCAUGUUGACGCUGAUCACAGAGCAGUUCAUGGGCGACCCCAGACUGGCACUGUGGAGGCAACAGGGAACCACCAUGACUGACAAGUACAGGCAGCUGUGGGAUGAACUAGGAGCCCUGUGGAUGUGCAUCGUGUUGAACCCUCACUAUAAACCGGAGCAGAAGGGCUUCUGGCUCCGUCAGCUCCGCCGGUGGAACGGUGUGGACGUUUGUCCUCUGGAGGACGGGAACCACGGCAGCGAGCUGACCAACCUGACCAACGCUCUGCCGCAAGGUCCUCCAGGUAACCCAGACUCGCUCACUCGGCCUCACCGGACGGUGUUCACGCGGGCGAUCGAGGCCUGCGACCUGCACUGGCAGGACACCCACCUGCAGCACAUCAUCACCGAGGACCACUACGCCAACUACUGCCACCACGAGAACCUCAGCAGCUCCCUGUUCGACGGCCGAGGGUGGCCCCUGUGGCACGAACACGUCCCGACGGCGUGCGCCCGAGUGGACGCUCUGCGGUCACACGGUUACCCUUUGGAGGCGCUCCGGCUCGCCAUCUCCAUCGUGAACACACUGAGGAGGCAGCAGCAGAAACAGAUGGAGUUCUUCCGCACGCACAAAAAAGAGCUGCUCCAUAAAGGCGUGACGUCAGUGACCAACCUGGAGGGCUGGGUGGGCCACCCUCUGGACCCCAUCGGGACCCUGUUCAGCACCCUGACGGAGACGGGACGGGGCAGCGAGGACGGAGCCGCCGCUCGGCUCGACUUCUCAGGCUCACCAGGUUCGUGUAGGAGGACGGAGCAUCCCGUUUUGCCGGCUCAGCAUUUCCUGGAGGAGGGCGAGUCGUUCGCGUCGCUGGCCGUGGAGACGGCUCUGAUUGGCUUAGGCCAGCAGAGGGUGAUGCCGGACGGCCUGUACGCUCAGGAGAAAGUGUGUCGCAACGAGGAGCAGCUACUGGCCAAGCUUCAGGAGGUCGACUCGGACGACGCGCUGGUGAAGAUCUUCAGGAAACAAGCCGGCUUCCUGCUCGAGGCUGGUCCCUACAGCGGUCUCGGGGAGUUGCUCUACAGAGAAAGCGUCCCCAUGCACACCUUUGCCAAGUAUCUCUUCACCUCUCUGCUACCUCAUGACGCCGAACUGGCGUACAAAAUUGCACUGAGGGCCAUGCGGUUGCCGGUCCUGGAGUCCACGUCCCCCUCCGGCGACUUGUCUCGGCCUCACCACAUCGUGUCCGUGGUGGCCAACCGCCUCCCCCGCUGGUUCACCCUCAGCCACAUAGAGACCCAACAGUGUGAACUGGCCUCCACCAUGCUCACUGCUGCUAAAGGCGACGCUCGUAAACUGGAAACAGUGUUAGAGUCGAUCCAGAAGAACAUCCACUCCUCGUCUCACAUCUUCAAACUGGCCCAGGACGCCUUCAAAAUCGCCACUCUCAUGGACAGCCUGCCGGACAUCACGCUACUCAAAGUGUCCCUGGAGCUGGGUCUCCAGGUGAUGAGGAUGACGCUGUCUACCUUGAACUGGCGGAGGAGAGAGAUGGUGCGAUGGCUGGUCACCUGCGCUACUGAAGCUGGCGUGUUUGCGUUGGACAGCAUCAUGCAGAGCUGGUUCACCCUCUUCACCCCGACCGAAGCCACCAGCGUCGUGGCGAGCACCGUGAUGUCCAACAGCACCAUCGUCCGCCUGCAUCUGGACUGCCACCAGCAGGAGAACCUGGCCAACUCGGCCCGCACACUGGCCCUGCAGUGUGCCAUGAAGGACCCCCAAAACUGUGCCCUCUCGGCCCUCACGCUCUGCGAGAAGGACCACAUCGCCUUCGAAACAGCCUAUCAGAUUGUACUGGACGCAGCCGCCACGGGAAUGAACUACACGCAGCUGUUUACGAUAGCCCGCUACAUGGAGCACCGCGGGUACCCUAUGAGGGCCUACAAGCUAGCGACGUUAGCCAUGACUCACCUGAACCUCAGCUACAACCAAGACACGCACCCGGCGAUCAACGACGUGCUGUGGGCGUGUGCGCUCAGCCACUCGCUGGGGAAGAACGAACUGGCCUCGGUCAUCCCCCUGGUGGUGAAGAGCGUGAAGUGCGCCACCGUCUUGUCGGACAUAUUGCGGCGGUGCACGCUGACGACGCCGGGCAUGGUGGCGCUGCACAGUCGCAGGAACUCUGGGAAGCUGAUGCCUCUGGACAAGGCUCCGCUCAGGCAGCUGCUGGACGCCACGAUUGGCGCCUACAUCAACACGACGCACUCCCGGCUGACGCACAUCAGCCCGCGGCACUACAGUGAGUUCAUCGAGUUCCUCAGUAAAGCCAGAGAGACGUUCCUGAUGGCGCACGACGGACACAUCCAGUUCACACAGUUCAUAGACAACCUGAAACAGAUUUACAAGGGCAAGAAGAAACUCAUGAUGCUCGUUCGGGAAAGAUUUGGUUGAUCCAACGAACAAAAUAGCCCUUUUUUUUAUGUACAUCCUUUCUAACUUGAAGUGAAAAUCCUCCUAAAACAACAUUCAUGCAAAUCUUAUUCCUACUGCGAGGUUGAAUGUGAUGAUGAACACGAUUUCCUGAAGGGGAAUAAGUCUCAUUCAUUCACGGUGAAUGUUUCCUUUUCAUUGUGAGUCGGACCGAGCAGGACCACCGACUAACGGGACGUCCCAGGAAUAAGAUACAAAAUGUGUUUUAGGGUCAAUUUUCUCCUAAAAAUGACAAGUUUGAAAUUGAAGGAGCAAAAGAAAACACUGUUAAACCAUGAAAGGAAGGUGAUCGAUGUGUUUAAAACAUUACGUUUGCAGAAGGAGUCGAUUCGUGGAAGUUCGUGUAUUUCCCUUUAUAUAUGUAUGAAAGUGAAAGAGUAAGAGUUUUACACUGAGUAUAUUAUACUGUAUUGUCCAGUGGCAAAAUGUCCACCAUGCACCUCCGACUUCCCUCAGCUAACGUUCAACAGCCUCAAAGAAGAAGACGAACGGCUUUAAACCAAAUGGAGAAAAACUCCAUCUGAAGUGACAAGUACCUCUUUUUAAAGGAUCCAGCUUUACUCUUUCCCCUCCGAGUCCUCGCCAUCCGAUCCGUGAAGACGAAGAGAAGUUCACAACUCAUUUAACCGGGUUUGGAUAUUUGUUUUCAUCUUCAGGCUGAUUGUUUUGGCUUCGCAGUGUUGUCUCAAACAUUCAGUGCGCUUCAUCUACUGUCACGGAAACACAGAAUCAAACUGUCAGCAUACAUUCUCAGGGAUUUCUAAGAAAAGAAGAAAGAAAAGCAAACGAAAAGAGAGAACAAAAGCAUUUUAUUGUCCCGUGUAUAUAUGAAAGUAUAUGUCUGAGUAUUGGAAAAAAAAAUGUAUAUGUUAACUAAUUUAUGAAAGAAUAUUCUAUGUAAGGCACAAUACUUGAAGCUGCAGUACUUUUUGAUUUUUGAAACAGACAAAAAAAAAAAAACAUAUCAGAAUGACUUCAAAAAGGUUCGCCUUGCAUCGCACCAGGGGCCAAUUCCAAACAGAAGAGCAUGUUUGGCUCUGCAGACAUGUAAUGAACUGUAGAAACCGAGACAGGAAGUGGACGUGCACAGUGUGUCUUCUCUGGAACAGAGACGCGUAUUGAGGAUCGGAGGAGUCGAGAGAAAGAGACGACUGUCGAGGCAAAGCGGCGGAGAAAUACAGCUGCGAUGUAUUCGAGAGGGAUCUGCCUCCCUGUCUCCUCCUGCAGUGAUCCAGUCACAUGUUCUGUGUCUUCUGACAUCCCAACUGUGCAGGACGAAAGUUGCUCUUUAACGUCGGUCUUGACUUUUCCAUUUUUUAUUUUUCUCUGAACCUUUUCUCUAGAGUCUCUCACACAAGAACAGCCUUCUUUCUUGCCUUGUCUUAAUGCUUUAAAAUAACCAAAUGGGAGUUCUAACUACCAAACGUUUCUCAUACGCCAACACACCUUUGGUUACAACCUUUCUUUUGUAUCGUUCAUUGUUUUGAACUGAACUGUGUUCUGUGCUUAAAGCUCAACUUCAUCUGUUUUUCAGUGUCGUCUCUUGUUAGAAGCUCUUUGUUUGGAGAUAUGCUCCCGUUUUAUUUAUUACGUUAGUAAACGAUUGUACAACCGUGUCGACAUGCUCAUGAAGUUGAAACUAAGAUUUGAUACACUGAUCGAUUUAUUUAUGUAACUAAAAUCACUGUUUUAUAAACUUGUUAAUGAAUCAACAUUUUGUUUUAAUUAAAUUCGGGGUUUUUUUCAGAGGACUAAGUCUUUGUGUUCUUAAUUAUAUACACUGAGGAUUUUAGAUGAUAAAGUACAUUAAGAGUCAUAAAGAAACAAUAGAAUACUACUACGUCCACAUGGUCUGAGUAGAGGACUUGAGUCGGGUUUCGAAUGCAGGACUUUUACUUGUAGUGGAGUAUUUUCACAAGUACUUUUACUGAGGUAAAGGAUCUGAAUACUUCUGGUCUACUCACCAGAUUCUAAUCAACCAUCAAAGAGUUUCAUCAACACCAGUCGUGGUCACGUACACAUCUGUCCAGCAGCAGGAUGUGGACACAGAUGUUUAUCUAAAGCGGAGUUUGGUUCUGAGGGUGAACCGUCUCACAGAUUAAUGUCCUCAAAGAGGAAGUCAUCAUUCCUCUUAGUGCUGCUUUUACUUCCUGCAAAAGAUAAUUUAGGAAUUUUAAGCUUUCCUGAUCCCACUUCCUGUCUGUUGCAAGGGGCCCGUUAUGGACAGGAAGCUCAUACAGAAAGGACGUUUUGUUGAGGAAACAAAAGGAGCAUUAAAUGAUGGAAAUACGGUUCAAACUGCAGACUUUAAUCGACUACAUUAGUGACACGUCAUCUGAUUCACACUAGUAUUUCUACACAUCUGUCUGUCUUUCUUUUGUUGUGAAUGUUUUAACUGUUAAAUUAAAAUGAGUGAACUGCAGCCAUGAAGAUGGACUGAACCAAUAUCAAGAUUUAUAUACAUAUGUAUUCUAUCCUUCUAUCCAUUUAAAACAAAGCUCUGGAAUAUUAUCAUUGAAUCUGUGUAUUUUAACUGGUAUCUAGUAAGGGCAGAUGUACUCUUACAUGUACUAUACUUUGCUGCUACUAAUCAUAACACACACCAUGUACUUCGCUAUAAGUACUGAUAAUAUACUUCUUAUUAUAUAUAUACAUAUGUACUUAAUAUAUGUCUGUCCUGCUGCUGCAACACCUACAUAUCUGCACUGAGGUUAAAAUAGUUUUAUCUUCUUAAAGAACUAUCUCGAGAUACAAGACGUGAUUUUCUUUUGAUCAAGACUUGAAUAUUUAAGCUACGGCAAAAUCUGAAUCAUCACACACCGGGGGGGCAUAAAUAAAUAUUUUCCAACAUGCUUAAAUAUUAUGUUAUUGCAACACAAAUUCCCAGCACAAUGUUUACGGACGAGAGGUUCUUCUGAGCUCUCAGUCUGUUUCUUGCAGCUCAAGCAGCAGGUGAUCUUGUGAUUCACAUCUAAAGGAGCCGACGUCUCACCGGCAUCAUUCCGUCACUCACACACGUAUCAUGCUCAAUCUCUGUGCACUUAAUCCCACAUGCCAGCACUACUUCAGGCUUUUUCUUUGGGACCACACGGGCACAACGAGCCGGUUUCUACGUCAAUCAGAAGAUAUCCUGUAACCAGACAGCAGCUUAUUUCUGUGACUCCAUCUGUGUAACAGGCAGAUAAAUGUUAUCACCUUCCAUCACACAUGAGCAGCAGCGGUCCGGCCUGUUAUUCCACUCCUGCUGCCACAUCCACUCCGUUUAUCUAUUAUGGGAACUGCAGAGGUGGUUUGUCACAGGAUAUCAGAUGUCAGAUGAAUUAUCAGGCAGUUGACGUCAUUUUAACGCUAUGUUAGCAUUGUGUUUAGCACUAGUAUUU